UGUUUAUGAUGCCAUCCCCCAUAAACACGGCUGAAGUGAUGACACAGAUAGUGUUGCCUCUCCACGCAGUGACACCAGUCGACUUGCGGCCGUUGCUGCUAGACACCCUCGGCAGUGGCAGGGGCACGCACUCUGCUCUCUGGUCAAGCUUCUGGCACUUCUCACUUUCAGGUUUUAAAUCAUGAUGAUGCAGGAGUCGGCCACAGAGACAAUAAGCAACAGUUCAAUGAGUCAAAAUGGAAUGAGCACCCUAAGCAGCAGCCAAUUAGAGGCUGGCAGUAGAGAUGGGAGAUCAAGCGCUGGUGACACGAGCAGCGAAGUAAGCACAGUCGAGCUGCUGCAUCUGCAACAACAGCAGGCCAUACAAGCAGCGAGGCAAUUACUCUUGCAGCAGCCAGGCAGUGGCCUGAAAUCUCCAAAGAGCCAGGACAAGCAGCGUCCACUGCAGGUUCCAGUGUCGGUGGCCAUGAUGAGUCCCCAGGUGAUCACGCCGCAACAGAUGCAGCAGAUCCUUCAGCAGCAGGUGCUCUCCCCCCAGCAGCUCCAGGCCCUGCUUCAGCAGCAGCAGGCCGUGAUGCUUCAGCAGCAACACCUGCAGGAGUUUUAUAAGAAACAGCAGGAGCAGCUUCAUCUGCAACUUCUGCAGCAGCAACACCCCGGCAAACAGGCUAAAGAGCAACAGCAGCAGCAGCAGCAGCAGCAGCAGCUGGCCGCCCAGCAGCUUGUCUUCCAGCAGCAGCUCCUGCAGAUGCAGCAGCUCCAGCAGCAGCAGCACCUGCUCAACAUGCAGCGGCAGGGCCUGCUCACGCUGCCCGGGCCUGCUCCCGGCCAAGCUGCCCUGCCCGGACAGACCCUGCCCCCAACAGCCGGCCUGAGCCCUGCGGAGCUGCAGCAGUUGUGGAAGGACGUGACCGGAGGCGGUGGUCACAACAUGGAGGACAACGGCAUCAAACACAGCAGCAACAGUGGCAACGGUACCGGCGGAGGUGGCGGCGGCUUAGACCUCUCCACCAACAACUCUUCUUCAACUACCUCCUCCUCCUCCAAUCCCGCCAAAGCAUCGCCUCCCAUCUCUCACCAUUCCAUCGCCAACGGACAGUCCCCCGCCCUCAACCACAGAAGAGAGAGGGAGCGGGAACGGGAACGGGAAAGGGAGCGAGAGAGUUCACUACAUGAAGAAAGUGGAGGGACCCAUCCCCUGUACGGUCAUGGUGUAUGUAAAUGGCCUGGCUGUGAGAACAUCUGUGAGGACUUUGGACAGUUUUUAAAGCAUCUAAACAGUGAACAUGCCCUUGAUGACCGGAGCACAGCUCAGUGUCGAGUCCAGAUGCAGGUUGUACAGCAGCUGGAAAUACAGCUAUCUAAAGAACGUGAGCGUCUUCAGGCGAUGAUGACCCACUUGCACAUGCGGCCCUCGGAACCGAAGUCAUCUCCCAAACCACUCAACUUGGUGUCCAGCGUCACCAUGUCCAAGAACUUACCCUCGGCAUCGCCCCCCAACUUACCUCAGACGCCGACCACGCCCACGGCACCGAUCACACCCAUGGCCGCCAUGCCCCAGGUGCCAUCGGUACUGGGCGGAGCAAACGUGCCCAGCAUGGGAGCCAUGCGCAGACGCCACUCGGACAAAUACUCCAUGCCCCUUUCAGGUGGUGACACAGUAUUUAUUUUUCCAGAGAUCGCCCCAAACUACGAGUUUUAUAAGAACGCAGAUGUCAGACCGCCAUUUACUUAUGCAACCCUCAUAAGACAGGCUAUCAUGGACUCUGCCGACAUGCAGUUAACGCUUAAUGAAAUCUACAGCUGGUUCACGCGCACAUUUGCCUACUUCAGACGCAACGCCGCAACUUGGAAGAACGCCGUGCGCCACAACCUCAGUCUGCACAAGUGCUUUGUGCGCGUGGAGAACGUGAAGGGCGCCGUGUGGACCGUGGACGAGGUGGAGUACCAGAAACGCAGGUCGCAAAAGAUCACAGGGUACGAGGGAGAAGGUCAAAGACAUGGAAAGGAAAUGGGAGGAAAUCAAAUCCUUUGGUUCAUAUACUUAAUAGUUCUGUCGUUCCGUUGCAGAAGUCCGUCGCUUGUCAAGAACCUGCCCUCCAGUCUGGGCUAUGGAACUGCACUAAACGCUAGCUUACAGGCCGCGCUGGCAGAGACAUCCCUGCCUCUGCUGGGAAACCCCGGCCUCAUGGGCAGCGGCGCCGCGGGCCCGAUGGGAGGCGGCUGCCACGGCCUCCUGGGCGGAGACCCGUCCAUGCUGACGGGCGGAAGUCCGCCCGGACUCUUAGGUGGCAGCCCUCCGGGCACGCUGAGCGGCAGCCCGCCCACUCUGCUGCACUCCGCCCACGAGGAGCUCAACGGAACGCUGGACCACCUGGACACCAACGGACACAGCAGCCCCAGAUACUCCCCACCAGUACACAUGGGUUUUCCAGUUUCUUUAAAUUUUGCACAUGACAAACUUAAGUGGCCGCCCGUCCACGUGAAGGAGGAGCCGCUCAACAUGGACGACGACGACUGUCCGAUGUCACUGGUGACGACGGCCAAUCACAGUCCGGAGCUGGACGAGGACCGGGAGCUGGAGGAAGGGAACUUAUCAGAAGACCUCGAGUGACUGGGGAAUGGGGCAGUUUUUGUCCGACGUGUCCCCCCCACCCCACCCCGCUCCCCUCCACACACACACACACACGCCCCGUCGCACUGUUUUUUCUCACACAGACCUCCUGCGAGACUAGAAACCACUCCACAGUCCACGAAAAACACAGCUGACUCCCUCUUUGCCUCGAUCACCACUGGGACUAUUUAUUGAGCAUGCAUCCGGAUGGAGACCAGUCCAAAGGAACUCUUUGUUGCAGCCCUUUUGG